UUUUUCUUUAUUCUUCUUCCUCGGUGUGUGACGAGAACGAGGCAUGAAUAUCAUAAACCAAGCGAUUUCCAGAUUAUAGGAAUCAUGUUGUGGGUUGCGAACGUCCUCGCCAGCUUUGCCCUAAUCAGCUGUGCCGCUUCAGCCAUCAACACAAGCAUCAUCACAUCAGAAGUCCACAAUGCAAAUCAUAUCUUUAACGCAAUCCACUCAUCGAUGCGACAAUGGGGCGCUGCUUGGUAUCAUAAUGGAAUGUCGUUCUUCCUGGCAACAGUUCCUGAAGGAACACAAUUCUUCCAUGGCUCAUCUUCUGAUGCUCGUGUAAACGAUACCGAAUGGUUGGCAUUUGAGCCCGAACAUGCUUUAUUUUUUGCUUGGCCUCGUGGUCCUCGCCGUGGACCUGGUCCAUCUCCUCCGGGACCCUUUCGGCCAAAGCUUUUGAAACGACAGCAAGAGGUGCUCCACGAGCGGCCCGAGGAUGAGCGAGACAAUCAAGAGGGAGAAGAAAAGUACGGCUAUCUUCAUAUGUACUCCGCAGCCAAAGAUCUGCGUCUGUUGUAUAUCGACGGUCUUUCAGCUGGAAAAACAGAUAUGGGCACGUUGGAUUCACAAGAUAGAAUUCUCCUUCGGGAUCAACUUAACGAAGGUAAGAUGGCGCGGGCAGACGACGAUGAGAAGAAAGGACCCGGAGGGCCCUUCGGCGAAUCUGUGCGUGCUGAACUCGCAUGUCGCAUCGCCAAGGAUGAAUGGAAUGACCGUAUCGAUGGAUUUAUACGAACUGAGUCCGGUUUCGAAAUAAUUCUGUGCGACUUCUCACGCGAUGUCAAUCUUCAACGAAUCGCCGCUGUGUCUUCGCAGGAAUUUAUGGAGAGACAUGAUAUUUAUGAAUAUAAAUCUAUCAACGUUGCGCGGUUCGACGGAAUUGGCGGUGAGCGCGUCAAAGUCAACUAUGACAAUUUCGUGACUGCAUAUACAUACGCAAACCUCGAUUUGUUCAAUGAAAGUAGCGGCAGUGGUAGCAAGCCCCGACUCCAGCAUUUAUCGUCAGAGCAACUCGAGCCUAUUCGAUCAGACCUGAGUCAACUUGUCCUCGAGCAUGACGUGGUCGAGUCAUCUUUCAACUGGCAGUCCAUCGCCGACAUGGUCGUGCUGAAAUACUCGGACUUUCUCAAAUCACUUCUGGCGUCGAGUAAAUUCGGUACCUUGGAAAGUCUCCAGAAACAAGUUUACAAGCCCUUACGACCAUUCAUUGACCCACUCCAGCGCAACGACACACUCGAAAAUGAGCUAUGUGCCUUGCAAUUCAUCCCCCACAGUAUCAAAAAGAACACCAACGCUAUCAAUAGUCUAGCUGGGAAAGUCGUCUAUGACGUUUCAUAUACAACCUGCUCGACGCUACAUAGCAUUCUCGAGGACGUUGAUCUCGAUGUUGCGGUUUCUCGUAUUGAUGCGUUGAUCGAGUAUCUUGGCUGGACGACGUGGAAGGAAUGUUCGGAGAAAUGCGGCUAUAAUGAAGCUUGCUACAUCCCUAUUUGGCCGCAAGGUACAGUGCAAGAUAGGUUGAGUCCGCAGUGCAGGGAUGAGCCGAAUAAUGAAGGCGAAAGGUAUUGGGGUGGAGGGCCUGGAGGUCCAAGACCAUCUCCUCUAACAGAUCCGUUUUUGCAUGGCGGGCUAUGAUGCGGAUUUAAGUUUCUUUCCUCUCCUUUGCUAUUUGCUGUAUUUUGGUGGCAAUUUAUCAUAAUUGAGAAGUUUGGCGACUGUUUUGCGUGGUCUGUGGCCGUGUAUAUAGAUAUGUGCUGCUUUUACAUUAGUAAUAUUGAUAUCCG